CAGACGAUCCUUAUAAAACAAGCCUACUUUCACAGCGACGCAAGACUAGAAGCGCAAGCAAAGUAUAGCAAUGGCGGACGAACUGGCUCUAGACUUGGAGGAGCUUCGUCACCUGCAAAGCAUCGCCAAGAGGCCUCGCAUCGUCUCCCUCAUCUCCUCCGAGAUUAGCAACCUCGAGAAGUUGUCAAAAGAGGCUGUCGCUGCAGCUUCCUCGCAAAUUCCAACUCCCAUUUCAGCUGCUCCUACGGUGCCCUCAACCCCAGCAUUGAAAUAUACUACUCUUGCAUCAUUCAGCUGGGAUCAGGACGAUGACAAAGUCAAGAUAUAUAUAUCCCUAGAGGGAGUUGAGCAGGAGAAAAUUGAAACCGAAUUUAAGCCAGUUUCGUUUGAUGUGAAAUUCCAUGAUGUCCAAGGGAAGAACUACCGAUCUGCCAUUGCUAAAUUGAACAAGGAGAUUGUUCCAGAUAAGUGCAAGGUGGUUGUUAAGCCUACAAGGUGCAUUAUUACAUUAUUCAAAGCUUCAAAGGGGAACUGGUUAGAUUUGCAGUUUAAAGAGGACAAGCUGAAGCCAAAUAUGGAUAAAGAACGGGAUCCCAUGGCUGGAAUCAUGGAUCUAAUGAAGAACAUGUACGAGGAAGGGGACGAGGAAAUGAAACGGACAAUUGCAAAAGCAUGGACAGAUGCAAGGUCUGGCAAGGCAGCUGACCCUCUAAAGGGAUUUCGUUGAACCAGUGGAGAGAGAAAGAGAGAUAAUCUUAUGACUGGGUGGUUCUUUCACUAGAUGGUGGUUUUUGUGGGGUUUUUCACAAUGCAUUUGUUAUCGUAUUUAUUUCUUUCAUGACGAGUAUCUUGGGGCUAUCAUGUUGUGCUCGCUUUGUAGGAAGCAUGACUCUGGAUAGCUUUCUGUCGUCUAAAUUGACUAGAGGUGUGUGUAUUGGAAGUGUUUCUUUAUAAUAUGAAACAACUAAAUUAUCAGCAUUA